UUUUUGAUUUUUUGGAAAUUUUUGCAUUAUAUUUUUUAUUUUGUUAAAUCACCUUUAAAAAAAAACAACAAAACAGUUAUAACUAUAAUCGAAGUACAUUAAAAACAAACCGAAAGAGCAACUACAAUAACAUUUUAUGAAAUUCAUAUAAUGUGAGUUGGAUAAAUUAAAAUUUUCUUUUUAAGAGAAAGAAAAAACAGAAGCAAAAAGUAGCAGCCGAAUGGGAUUUUCUAUGACGUGGUAAAGCAAAAGAAAAUGAAAAAAGAAGCAAAUAAGUUUCUGUGUGGAGAGAUUUCCUUAAAUUUUGCCAAUUAGUCCAAAAACCUAACUUUGUUGUUGUUGGCAUAUACAAUCUACUUUUUAUCUUAACGUAAGACGUGUCUUAAACAUUCAAUUUUAUGUAUUUUCUACAUUAAUUACUAAUCAAACUUACAAAAACCAAACCUCCGAAUAACGAAUUUGUUACUGUAACCAAUUCUUCCAAUUAUGGACUUGUCAUCUUCACCAUCAUUUAACGUAAUUACUAAGAUACCCAUAAAAGGGGCCGAAAAGACAUCAAUGAAAUGCGAUACCAGUACAUUACGGAAUAAUGACAUUAGCGCCAUUAAUAGCACAUUAUAUGACAGUGCUAUUGAGGACGAACAAACAACAUUUGUUUCUUUUAAUGAGAAUGAUAAUAAUAAUGCUGAUAUUUUGAAUUUACGGACCACUGAUAGUAAUACGACGUAUUGUAAAAUUGAUUCAUCAUCUACGUCGAUUACAACGAUGACCUUAAAACGCAAUGGCCCAGGCGGUAGCGCGCCGCUGUUACCGCUAGUGAAGUUCACUGAACUUCCAAAUGAUGUUCAUAUGCAGAAUGUGCAUUCCGGUGCGAAAAACAUUGAAUCAGAAAGCAUGGAUGUCAAUACAUCCCAGGAAGAAGUUGAUCCAAAAUCUCAAUUAGCCAAUAAGACAAUAUUUAAAACAGAUAAUCCUAACCUGUCAAUUAUAGAAAUUAAUGAAAACUCUUUUAAAGAUGAGGAUAUUGAAAAUUCCGUAGUAGUAAUUGAAACCUCUUCGGAUGAAGAACUUGAUGAGAAUGCGGACCAAAACAAGCUUAGUACGAUAAGAGGCAAUACUAUGGGCAAUACUAUGGGAGCAAUAAUGGAUGUUGUAACAGUUCCUAAAGGUUCCCCCAGUAAAAGUUUUUUGGAAAAUGCGGCAGAUAAAAGACGUCGAAAGGCUGAAUCUUUAUUACAUUCCAGCAAGCAAAAAUUGAAUAUAGCCAUUGCGGAAGCAUCCGCUGCCGAGCACGCACCACCUUCUUCUGCCGGCCUUCCCAGUAACGGUAACGUCCAACCGGAAACCAAGCGCCCAUUAAAAAUUUAUAGUACAUUGGAAGAGUUUGAAAGAAAUUUGCCUUCAACGGUGACCAUCUUGAAUACACCGUUUGGGAGCAAAGUUUAUCUGGUUGGGACUGCCCAUUUUAGUGAGGAAUCUCAGGAUGAUGUAUCAUUUGUUAUACGUAAUGUCCGUCCAGAUGUUGUCAUGGUAGAAUUGUGUACGUCUCGUAUACCAAUAUUGAAAUUGGAUGAAAAAACUUUGCUCGAAGAAGCUAAAAACAUUAACUUGGCUAAGAUUAAGGGCAUUCUACAGACACAUGGCUGCAUAAAUGGCAUUUUCUUCAUAUUAUUACUACAAAUGAGCGCUCAGAUUGCUAGAGAUCUAGGUAUGGCCCCGGGUGGGGAAUUUCGCCGAGCUUUCGAAGAAAUUCAUAAAUUGCCAGGCUGUAUGCUGCAUUUGGGUGAUCGUCCGAUUCGCAUAACACUACAUCGUGCCUUGCAUGCCUUAUCAUUUUGGCAAACGGUUAAAUUGGUAUGGCGUUUGACAUCGAAUAACACCAUUAGCAUGGAGGAAGUUGAAGAGUGUAAACAACGUGAUUUGUUAGAGAAAUUAAUGAAGGAAAUGGCCGGAGAAUUUCCCGCCUUUUCUAAUGUUUUCGUGAAAGAGCGAGAUUUGUUCUUAUGUCAUUCUCUACAAAUGGCCGCUUUGCCGCAAUCAGCCAAUGACGGCAGUAAUAUCCCACGGCCGGUACGCGUCGUAGGUAUCGUUGGCAUAGGUCAUGCGAACGGUAUAGCCCAAAUGUGGGGACGUGUUGACCCACAGAGAAUUCCGGACAUAAUGGAAAUUCCACCGGCUCGAUUAAGCACACGAUUGUGCAAAUUUACCAUAAAAUAUGGUUUAAUUUCUUUGGGACUUAUCGGAGUAUUCAAAUUAUUGCGGCCGCGAUUCAUGCGUACCUAAUAGAUAAUCCCAGGCACUCAAUAACCAACCAGUUUAUGUUAUGAAAAUUACGUUUAAUUUUUCUUUUUUCCAUUUUUUUAAAAAAAAAAAACCUCAUUAUACAUAGGUUUUCUCUUUGUCGUGUAAUUCCCUUCAUAAGUGAUUAAUUGCCGACGAUUUAUUUAAAUUAAAAGUAUAUCAUUCGCGCAUAGGAUAAUAGACACAUAUACCUUAUUAACCGAAAAAUCUUUUGCUAAA